CAGAUCAUUCCCGUGCGCUGUUUUUCGUGCGGUAAAGUCAUUGGCGACAAGUGGGACGCCUACAUUGCGCUGCUGGUCUCCGGCAAGGAAGAGGGCGAAGCCCUGACGGAGCUUGGCCUGCAGCGCUAUUGCUGCCGAAGAAUGGUCUUGACACACGUAGACCUUAUCGAGAAGCUGCUUCACUAUAAC